GUGCCGGCGCCACCGCAGCACACAGAACGACGUGCGCGAUCCGCUAUCCCAGUGUCCCUCGGUGCUUUCCGCUUUUCAACGCUUCGAUGAUUCGCCGCCUGACGCUGCCCGCUCACCACAGCUGAAAGGAUACCACACACAAUUCGCUCAUGUUGUUCACCCAACACCUAUUUAUUACCAUUAUCGUGGGCUUUGCCCUCUUCACCUGCCAACCGUCUGCUGCUGAAACACAGGAGAGCUUACGGAAGGCGAAGGAAAACGAAAGCCGACCAGCUACGAGAGUAGAGCGCUCAGCAGUGCUCCGUGACGACGGCGACCCUCCGCCGGCCACAACUGAGCCGAGGAAGAACAGUGAGUCAAAGUCACGGGUCAAGCGCACGCGCAGAUUACCAUAUAGGUGGGCGCGACAAGCGCCACCAGCCGUCGGGGUCGGAUGGACACAGUACCAGGGUCAAACGGACACCAUCCAACAGUCCUGGUACACGGACUCAUCGGGCCGGGUCAUUACUAGCGGUCAGACUGUAAACGGUCGUCAUCUCCCGCCGUUAGCCCCGGCGAUCGCAUGGGUCAACGGACCGAGUGGUCCCUUGCCUCCGGGUUCGGUGGUUCCCCCAGGUUUGCAGGACGCGUUAAGGAAGCUAAUAGUUGGCGCCGUGCAGCCGGUGAACCCAGCUGGACCUGGACCCCAAGUAAUUCCGGCGUCACCGGUCGGAGGGGAAGGACCAGCGGGCCAACCAGCAGCACCCGCACAGCAGCCGUACGGAGUGGGUAGCGGUGCUCAGCCCAUUCCGGGAGUCGUUGGAAUCCCAGACACCGCGGCUACCUUACAGGAUGAAGCCGAGCAGGAUAUUUAUAGGCCGGAGAAAUCACAGAAUCCGAGGCAAGGCAUGCAGAACGCCAGGGCUGGCGUACAGCCGAAGCUGGUGCUCUCUUUCAAGAAGGCAGUGCCCCCGAAGGAGGAGGAAGAUGAUGAAGAUGAGAAAGAGGAAAGGUUACCCCGCAUGCCCCCCUGGCAUGGCGGAGGCUUCGGUCCUCCAGGUCACGGCGGAGGUCCGCCUGGCCAUGCCAAGAGAGGUGGUGGCAAAGGGAGGAAAGGCGGUGGCCACGGUGGUGGCCGUGGCCGUGGCCCUGGUGGACGCGGUCCUCCCGGCCGUGGCCCUGGUGGACGCGGACCUCCCGGCCAUCGUGAUUAUGACGACUACGACACCCAAGAAGGCCGCGGAGGUCAUGGUCCUCCCCGUGGUGAAGACUAUCCCGACGGUCCGCACCCGGGACGUGGAGGCCACGGUCAUCCUCCGCCGCAAGAAGGCUACCCACAAGACCCUCACCGUGAGCAGCGGCCAUCACCGCAUCAACCGCCCCACAGGCCGCCUCCCGAAGAAGGACCGCGACAGCAGCACCCUCCGCCGACGCAGGACCAGUACCAGCCUCCGCCACCACGGGAGAGGCCACCGGCACCGAGACCCACGCCGCCUCUUGCGUACGACCCCAACGAACCUGAAGAAGAGCCUGAGGACGGCCCCGCAGCCGGGCAGCCGUCGCAGAGUCCAAACCUGCGAGACUUGCAGCCACUGUGUGGAGUCCGGAGUCUUGCGUUUGCCGAAGACAAGUCGAACGACUACCAGACGGUGCCCUUCAUCGUGGGCGGCAACGUGACCUCCCACCGGAGCUGGCCGUGGAUGGCAAGACUUGAACUGCUCAAUCCCGACGAGACAACAUAUAAAUUCUUAUGUGGAGGCAGCCUCAUCAGUGCCCGCUACAUGAUCACUGCUGCACAUUGCUUCAGCCCCAUACCAGAGCGAGCGCAGAACUACCGCGUGGUAUUCUUCUCGCCCCGGCCGGGCUUCACGCUGGAGCGUAUCGUGGAGAAGAUCAUCAUCCACGACAAGUACAACAGCUACUCGCACUACUACGACAUCGCGGCGGUGCGUUUCAACCGCGACCUGCUGCGGCCUUUCAUGCCGAUCUGCCUGCCCACGCCGACUUUCGCUGGCCGGGCCCUCAAAGAUCAGGAGGCGUACGUCAUCGGAUGGGGGUCCACAAAAUUCGGUGGGCCCAGCAGCAAGGAGCUUCGCGAAGUGUCGCUGCCCAUCUGGUCGAACUCGGAGUGCAAGAAGGUCUACGACCCGCUCAACUCGCAGCACAUCGACCGGGGCAUCACGAAAGAACAGCUCUGCGCGGGCCGCAAGGAGGGCGGCGUCGACGCGUGCCAGGGUGACUCCGGUGGGCCUCUCAUGCUGCUAGACAGCAACAAGAGGUGGACGCUGGUGGGCAUCGUCUCGUUCGGCCACUCGUGCGCAAGCCCAAACUUUCCGGGCGUGUACACGCGGACGGACUCUUACCUCGAUUGGAUACGGCAGAACGUCAACUUCACGGCGUGACCCCCCAGUCGCGCCCUUUUAGGAUCUUUGAAAUUCGUUUCUUUUUUAAAAGAAGGAUGCGCCCUGUGGGCGCUCUCUUUUCUUUAUUGCUAAGAAAUCUGCGCUGGUCGCACAAACAAAUGUUGAAGAAUUUUAACGGGACCUACAUUAGCAUGAGCUUUUCUUUUGCGGCAAAACUGUGUUGCAGUUGCGCUCACUUUGUAAUACUAACAACACUCUGGAAUAAGGAAAUGCUCAUUGCCGCUGACUUUUCUUCUGAUAGAACGUUGAUGGAGCGUUUUUAUUUUAUUUUCCGGUACUUUCUCAAGCGCAGAUUUCCUAGAAAGAGAUUUGCGAGUGCAAGAUCUCCUAGCCAGUGGCUUCCUGAAUUCAUGCGUGGACAUGAAUAGCCGCAGCGAUUCUACUCUAAAGCAUGGUUCACUCGGUGAAUCCUCGUCGACAAUGUGUGAUUAUCGCUAUAACUUCUAGCCACAGUACGCAACUGGAAAAGGAAUUUUUUGAAAGAAUUGCUUGUAUAUGUGCGCGCAGGUUUCCUAAAGAUGUGAAACUUCAUGUUGUGCUUAGAGUUAAAACUUCUCACUUGAAAAUUCACAAACUCGUGGGGAAAAGGUGUGAUAUUGUCCUGAAACGAGGCGUGUUGUCUACACGCCAGGAAGCGGUAAAAUGGCAAUAAUGACAGCUCACCCGAGACUCGCCAGAUGCUGUAUGGAGCAAAAGUGUAAUAAAUCAAAAUCAGUAUGGCCAAGAUCACGGAAGAAGCCGACGUAUACGCCGAUACGGUGGGCAGGCAGAAUUGGAAUCAUGUAUGCACCAGAAUACAAAGCACUUAAGCCAACAAGAAGACAUGGGCUAUACUCCGAUUGCUGCUGGCUAAGACGGAAGCGAAGACGGUCACACGCCUGCACUGAAGACGACUCAUCCACAGCUUCGAAGGCAUGUAGGAAGAUAUCCUCAAGACAGUCACAAGCAUGUUCCUGGGAGACGGAAAUCUAGGACGUGUCCACCCGGAAUUCCGAGAACACAAAGGGAACGUCUUCCAGAAUUGGACUGGGCAUUUACAAGAGCAGAGGUGGUGCAGCCCCUAAGCAACCUGACCAGAAACACUACACCAGGCAAACUCAAAAUCAACUAAAGGCACUACACAACCUAGAAGCCACAGCGAUAAGCUCCUUCCUAGAAUUUAUCAAUGAUUGUUGGGAAGCGGACAAGAUGCCAGCUGAGUGGAAACACGCCGAUGUCACCAUGAUUCCUAAGCGUGGAAAUCCGUUAGCCAUAUAGAACUUGAGGCCGAUUUGGCAGACUUCAUGCGCGGGAAGGUUAUAUGAACAUAUGAUGCUCAACAGGCUUUCGCUGUGCCUGGAAGACAACGGGCACUUCCCAAACACGAUGUUUCACUUUCGGCAGCGCCUAUCAACACAAGAUAUCGUCCGUCACAUCGAGGAGGAGGUAGUAGAUAAGUUAAGCACAAGCAACAACAGAGCCAUCCCAACGGUAAACGUAAAGGGGGCUUUCGACAAUGUCUCACAUAAAGCGAUAUUUGCGCAUGUCAGCAGCUUCAACUACGAGGAGAGCAUUUGCUGUCAUGUCGAGGACUUCCUAUCCGAGUGUAUGGCAACGGUGGGUAUAAGAAAUCUGAGAUGCGAAAAAAAAAUCAAGGUCCCGGCUAAACGCACGCUGCAGGGCUCGAUAAUUCCCCUUCUGCUCUCCAAUCUAGUGUCGAGCACCCUACCGAACGUUCUUGGUGAAGUGGAGUAAAUUGAACAUGCCCUGUAUGCGGAUGACUUAACCAUAUGGAGGCUUAGGGGAUCGACGAGAAGACAGCAAGAAGCAAGAAAAAUACAGGAGUCAGUAGAGAGGAGUGAAAGGCACCUCGGUGCGCGUGGACCAUCAUCUGCCCCUGAGAAAUCGGAGCUCCUGAUUCUGAAAAUGAGAGCAAGAGGGCGCCCCCCACCCAACAAACUCCAGAUCUUGAUGUAACGUUGAAUGGAAUCUACAUCAGAAAGGUCAUACACUCCGUAUCCUUGGAAUGGUCUUCCAGGAGUAAGGAGCGAGGCAUGCCACAGUACUGCGACUUUAAAAAAACGAUCACAAAUACAAGACAAAUAGGAUUAAAUGGAAAUGACACCCCAAAACUCAUACAAUCAUUAGUCAUCCGCAGAAUCAUCUACGGUACAACGUACCCAGAUAUGAAGAAUAGUGAAAAAGACAAAUUAAAUAUAGUGACAAGAAGGACAUACAAAUUGGCAGUAGGACUACCACCCACCAUGUCAACAGAAAAACUGCUGAAACUAUGAGUGAAGAAAGCCCGGGAAUAAUUGGCGGAGGCUCACAAGACGAACCAAAUUGAAAGAAUAUAACUUACCACUGCCGGCAGCAUCUCGAAAAAGAACACAACUGUUCACAGCGUGUACUCCCAACCCUGUCAGCAAGGAUACACAUAGCACCCAUACCAAUAAACAUGCUCUCAGAAUAUAACAAAGAGAGAAGAGAGCCACCGUGUUACAAAAAAAACAGCUAAAUAAAGAAAGCAACAAGGCAGAAAUAAGGCACACAGAUGAUGCAUAAUACAAGGCAGGGAGAUAUGUAACCUGCGUAACACGCAGAAUGAAAAGACUAGCAGCUGCAUCAGUAGUUGGUAGAAACAUUGAUGCAGCCGAACAAGUCGCCACAGCAAUGACCACAAGGACCUGGCAGGGUACAUGUCGGCCAUCGUCGUCACAAACUCGCAGGCAGGCUGUCGCCAUUUUCGGGCAGGAAGAAUCAGCAAGACCGCACCCAACAUCCCCAACAACAAAUAUUCCUCAAACGUACAUUGACUGACCCUCGAGACACGAAUCCUUGUAGGGAAAUCAAGCGGCCUACGCCAUCACCCAAGAACAUGUAUGCCGGACAACCCCGCCAGGACAUCGUCUACCGUCACACGAAGGCAAAAUGACACAAAGCAAAUACUAAAACAUUCUAGAACAUUGCAAGAAGAACAGCCGAGAAUAUCUGCCACCACACUGCAAGCUUAACAGAGAAGAAUCCGUCAUACUACGCCGACUUCAGAUGGGCAAUUACUUCCACGACACGAUACUACACGCGACGUACCACUCAACAUAUGUACCAGAGGCUGCCAAUUCUGCAAUAGGCCAAACACCCUUAACCCCACAGUCUGGGAAUGCAAAAAGAACCCGCGGAGAACGUCCAUCCGAGCACCCACAAAAGACCAGUGGGAGGCCGAGCUGACAAAUCCAAGACCUGAGAACCAGCUACGGCUGGUGAACAGGUUUAGAUUGUCAGCACAGGGCCACGGCUACCUGAAAUAAUGUAGCCGGCCACCUUUGGGCAUUAACAGCUUGGUCUCCGUAAUAAAGUUUAUUUACUCAACUAUUUGUUUUUAAUAGAUUAAGCGAGUACUGAAUUCUGAAUGCCUUAUUGUAUUGUAUAUAGCCACAGCAGACCUUCAUGAAAAAGAUUCUAUUCAGAUGUAGUUCGACUUUUGUGAUAAUGACCACUUACAGCUUACUGUACAUACUGCUCAAGUCAUACAGGGAUACUAACUAGUAGUAGAAUGCAAACGACUUCAAUUUUCGACGUUUUGUUUUCCAAAUAUUUCUUUUAUCAAGACUUCGGGAAGCAGCAUUGAAGCUCUUCGCCUCUUACCAUCUUCAUUUCGUGAUUAGGCUCUCUGGCUGCUGCCUCUGGUCUACUGUAUCAUAACAGUAACGCUCAUACGUUGGUGCUUGAUGUUUGACUGCCUUUUGUUUUACCAUUUUCGUCGAUAGUGUUGUGGUCUGUUCGAGUGCUUUUGUGCUGUGAUCCACCGCUAUUAUGUGUGUUCGUGUAAAUGCUGUAUUAGAGUGUUUGUGUAUCUUAUUUAAUAUUACCAUUUGUUACGCUUUACGUGUUUUGCUCUGCAUACUUCAGCUGAUGCAUAAGUGAACGAAAAUGUGAACACAUAUGUAUUGCGCGACAGUUAAUCGUUCGGCUUCCGCUCAUGAACACCCUCACAACUACCAGUUGGCCGGAACCAUAAAGCGUCAGGUGUGUCGAAGAACAGGUGAUGGCAUUGAGUAUCUUAAAACAGCAGGGGCCGAAUCCAAGAAGCUUUUCUUUAGUAAGAGCUCCUAAGCGCCCUUCACUAAUUAUAGGUCCAGCAACAGGAUUAGCUGGAAUUUUCUUUUACGAACAAAUCUAGCGCAAUAGCUUUUUGUGAAAAUGAACCCAGCUUCCUUCUCAAAUCAUUUGUUGGUUUCUGUCCUCAAAAUUUGAUGUCCAGCCAUUACGUUUCCCGACGACGAAAGACGCCACGAUGUUUACGUGACGACAGCGUUACUGAAACACUCUCUAUGUAAUUCAUGAAAAAGAUGUCGUGCAGUUGACUGAGAAUCCUUCGUGUGCGCUUCGUCACGAUGGCUACGCGGAUAUUCACUGUAUUUUACGCCUAUGAGGAAUAAAUGUUUCACCAA